CUUGCCUAGAUUGCGUUGGUCAGAGAGAGAGAAAGAGAUCUCUCAUCAGUAUCACCUCCACCAAACCGCCUGCUGCUCACUCCCCAAUCCCGACAAAGCCUCAGGAACCCAAACCAUGGCUCCCAACCUCGAAUGUCGCAUGUACGAGGCCAAGUAUCCGGAGGUGGACAUGGCCGUUAUGAUACAGGUCAAGAACAUCGCCGACAUGGGCGCUUACGUCUCCCUCCUCGAGUACAACAACAUCGAGGGCAUGAUCUUGUUCUCCGAGCUCUCUCGCCGCCGGAUUCGUAGUGUCAGCAGUCUCAUCAAGGUUGGCCGCACCGAACCCGUCAUGGUUUUAAGGGUCGACAAGGAAAAGGGCUACAUCGAUUUGAGCAAGAGAAGGGUAUCUGAGGAGGAUAUCCAGGCUUGCGAGGAGAGGUACAACAAGAGCAAGCUUGUUCACUCCAUCAUGCGUCACGUUGCUGAGACUGAAAAUAUCGAUUUAGAGGAGCUGUAUAUUCACAUUGGGUGGCCUCUAUAUCGAAAGUAUGGUCAUGCUUUUGAGGCAUUUAAAAUAAUUGUUACUGAUCCUGAUUCAGUUUUGAAUUCCCUCACCCGUGAGGUCAAGGAGGUUGGCCCUGAUGGGCAGGAGGUGACCAAGGUGGUGCCAGCUGUAUCAGAAGAAGUGAAGGAAGCUCUAGUAAAGAACAUCAGAAGACGAAUGACACCCCAGCCUUUGAAAAUUAGGGCAGAUAUUGAAAUGAAGUGCUUUCAGUUUGAUGGAGUUCUCCAUAUUAAGGAAGCAAUGCGGAAAGCUGAAGCUGCUGGAAAUAAUGAUUGCCCAGUGAAGAUUAAACUUGUUGCUCCCCCACUUUAUGUUCUUACCACUCAGACUCUCGACAAGGAGCAAGGAAUAUUGGUUCUUAACGAUGCUAUUGUGGCCUGCACUGAAGCCAUAGAGCAACACAAGGGGAAACUUGUUGUGAAGGAGGAGCCCAGAGCAGUGAGUGAACGAGAUGAUAAAUUGCUUGCUGAACACAUGGCUAAGCUACGCCAAGAGAACGAGGAGGUCAGUGAUGACGAAGGUGAAGAGGAAGAAGAUACUGGAAUGGGAGAACUUGAUGUGGAGAACCAGGGUGCUGGGAUAACAGAGUGACAAAAUUUUGAGGGUCAAAAGGCAUAGAGGAUGACGGUUUUUACUAAAUUUUGUUUUUUUUUUCCCUUCAGAAAAGAUUUUUAAUGCGGUUGUACAAUACAAACUUUAGAUUAUUGUAUGUAGAGAUGUUCUGAUACUUGCAGAGCGAUUGUGGGGCGUCUGGAAAAGGAUAUUUAGCACUCAGCAAUUUGCCGAUAAAUUCAAUUUUAUCCCCGUUUUUUACGCAA